AUGCCGGAUAAUCCCUUAUUCUAUGGUGUUCUUGUAAAUCGAGAUAACGAAGAAGAAAUCCCGCGUCUAACAAAUAGUAUUAUACUGUCGCUAUUUGAAGCCUGUCCCUUUUUUCGAGGACCGAUGAUAGAUGAAGAAUAUCGUGCUGUUGUCGGAUGUUGGGAAUCAUAUAAACCACUUGACGGAUUGACGAUUAUAAAUCCAGAUUUACGUGAAAACAGGUCCGGGAUUAAUCGUCAGGUAGCGAAUGGACUUUCGAAUUUCUUGGCAGAAAUUGAAGAAUUGCGUAGGGCUGGAGCGGAUUUCUAUUCUGAUGACGAAAUAAUAAAUUUUCAACGAUAUAUGCACCAUAAAUUUACAGAUAACGUUAAUGCAGACAGAGAGUACUGGAUUCCCGCAAAAUUUACGUUUGAUGUGUUAGUGCAACCCAUUAUUGACGGAAUAUUUUACGAGAGUUCACAAGGACGUGUAGACGAUCGACUGAAGGAUUGUAUUAGUGUUGCGCUUAAACCGCAAUCAGUAGAUACGAAAUUGCAUUUUCUUGGGGUCUAUGAUGUUCUGAUAAAAAAUGAUGGGGAGAAAGUUACGAUUUCUGCACCUAUAUUUCGGAACCUUUAA